GACAUUUCCCAUUGUCCCUCGGAAGCUCAUUACAGGGUCGCGCGCCAGGCCACUGAUGCGCAAAGGCAGAGCGCGACGUCUCACGCGAUCGCGCGUCGAUCAACUUUACACCAGUCGUCGUUAGUCGCUGGCGACAACUACGAGCUUCUUGCCUUUUGCAUCAACCCCACAGCUCGCGUACGCGUUCGUCUACGCUCGGUGUGAUCGUAUGAUUUUAUCGUGCCAUUGCCGAUUUUUGAACAAUUGUGGAGCAGAAAGUGCGUGACGGACUUGCCAAGAGACUCCUGGAUAGUGUUCGUGAACGUUUACGGAAAUCAACUCAGCUACGAGUUAUUCUCAAGUUUUUCAACAGUUUGCUCGAAGUACCGAAAGCAAGCAUGGCGAAAAUGAGCCUCAUGAAGAAACUGGGAAUCGCGGGUGGCAGCAUGUUUGUUCUUAGUAUGCUCAUGUGGUUUGGUUUUCCAAAAUUGUUGGUUUCGAUGAUUAAGUCGCAAGUCAACCUGAAGCCGGGCACGGACGUUCGAGCGCUGUGGAGCAAAAUUCCGUUCGCCAUUGAUUUUCGAGUUUAUUUGUACAACGUGACGAACCCGGACGAAGUAAAGGCCGGCGCAAAACCGAUUGUCCGACAAGUGGGGCCCUAUUACUUCGAGGAGUGGCAUGAAAAGGACAAUUUGAUCGAUAGAGACGAGGAUGACUCCGUGGAGUACGCCAUCAAGAACACGUUUCAUUUCAAGGCGGAAAAGAGCGAGGGGCUGACGGGCGAGGAGGAACUGACGUUGCCGCAUGUUUUUAUCCUGGCCAUGGUGAUGACGGUGCUGAGGGACAAGCCGACGGCGAUGCCCGUGAUCAACAAGGCGGUCAACAGCAUCUUCAAAAAUCCCGAGAAUGUCUUCGUCAAAGUCAAAGCCAUGGACUUGAUGUUCCGAGGUUUGAUGGUGGACUGCACGGUGUCGGACUUCGCCGGCGGAGCCGUUUGCGGCAUGCUGAAGGAGAAUCCCGAAGGGCUCAUAGUUUACGACGAGGAGCAUUUCGGCUUCGCCUUGCUCGGAGCAAAAAAUGGCACCGCGGCGAAGCAACGAAUGAGAGUGCUGCGCGGCCGAAAAAAUUUAAUGGACAUCGGCAGGGUGAUCGAGUUCGACGGCAAGAAGAAUAUCUCCAAGUGGGACGACGACAGGUGCGACGCUUUCAACGGCACCGACAGCUACGUCUUUCAUCCGUUUCUGUACGAAAACGAGGACGUCGUGUCCUUCGCCCCGGACCUCUGCCGGAGCCUGGGCGCCUACUUCCAAAAGAAGACCAAGCUCGCUGGACUGAACACCAACCGUUACACGGCGUACUUGGGAGACCCGAGCUCGGACGAAAGCUUAAAAUGUAACUGCGAGGCGGCCGACAAGUGUCUGAAGGCAGGAAUGAUGGACCUCCACAAGUGCCUCGGCGUCCCACUUGUUGCCUCGCAUCCGCACUUCUAUAUGGCGGACGAGUCUUAUCUGGCGACGGUCGACGGACUUAGCCCGAAGCAGGAGGAUCACGAGAUAUUCCUGGACUUCGAGCCGUUCACCGGCACGCCGAUGUUUGCCAAGAAGCGGCUGCAGUUCAACAUACCCAUCACCAAGGUGGACAAGUUCAAAAUCAUGAAGAACUUCCCGGACGCCAUGCUGCCGCUGUUCUGGGUGGAAGAGGGCGUGCUGCUGCCCGACGAGUUGAUAGCUCAAGUGAAGAUGAUCCACACCAUGCUCACCGUCGUAGCCGUGAUGAAAUGGCUGAUGCUGCUGGCCGGCCUGGGAAUGGGAGGCGGCGCUGGAUUCCUCUACUACAAAGCCACUCAGGGCAGCGAUAAACUUGAAAUAACAAAGGUGCCCAAGGACAACGGUAAGCCCGGCAGCACCGAGAAGAAAAUAUCACCGCUCAACGUCAAUACUCUGCAAGCUCGAGUGCCACCCGUUCUCGACUGAACGCAGCCGAAUACUCGUCCGCGGCGCAAUUCUCCCUCGAUAUACAUACAAACUAACUGACAUUACGAAUCAACUAUUUUUUCUUUCUUUCUUUUUUUUAGUCGUAAGAUUUGAGAGGUAAGAUAACACAGGGGAUUCCGAAGAACAUAGCUACUGUUGCCACGUAAGAACCGAUAGAGAGAAUGGUUUAAUGAAACAUAAUGAAGAAUAAGAUAAUAAAUAAUGGGAAAAACCCGAAAUGAACGGAACGCGAGCGGAACUGUCUGGAAGAAUAGUCAUUACGAUGCGCGAUUCGUUAAUAAUUCACAUGCUCAACAAUCGAAAGGCUAUUUGAACACGUGCAUUAUCCCACAUCUCCUGGAUUAUAAUGUGUAGAUAGUAUUAGUGCUGUAUCUUUAGCACGGCGUUCUCAAGGUCAAGGGCAAUGCUAUUUCAGUAUUCGCUUGGACAACUUGUUACAUAAAACCAGCAACGCCAAGAGAUAUUUAUAAAUUGUCUUGCACGGAUGUCUGCAUAGGUUGACGGGGCACAACGUUUGCAAACAGCUAUUUUUCUAUCUUUUCGUAUAUUUUACUCAAUUUCAAGGAGGCGCUCGCUCGUGACAAGACUAAAGCUCGUUCAAAGCGCAGUCUUGUCCGAAACCAUUAGAUUUUAGGAGUUGUGGUGCUUUCACUUAAUCUAUCACCGUUCACGUUAUCUGUAUGCAUAUACCAAAUCAAUAGAGCUUUAUUGAAAAUUUAUUUUUAGAAACUGUACGCUCGACUGCGAGCGUGCACACUCGAGUCUCUAGUCUUAAGCAAAUUUUCCUGUAUAAAAUUAUUCUUGUACACAAGUUUUUCACAAAUAAACGAAUUU